CAAAUGAGCAAACACUCUAAAAAUACUUCUUGCAGAUGUAAAUGCAGACAUCAAGUAGACGUCUCUGUGAUGUACAUGCAUGUUUGUACACAGAUGCUUAGAUUAAGCGAGUUUUAUUAGACAUCGUGCAGAUGUGACUUAUGCUUGCUAUCUGGGGUGGCAGCAUCUGCUCAAACCAGCAACAUUAUUAAAAAAAAAAUCACCACUCUCUUAUUGAGAGAUAGGAAAACGAAAAUGAUUUUUAUCUUAAAAAACUAAACAAAACCUUUAUUAAUCUGUUUUAUGUAUCAAGAUGUAUAUUAUGAGACCAUGAUCUAAUAUACCCUUCUCGCCGUUUCCAGGACUACCAGAGUUGACCCAGAGCACGUGACAGCGCGCGGGUUUGUUGCUGUCAUAGAUUUGUAAAGUGUAGAGCCGCUAGACAGAGUCGUCUGGAGCGAGCGCGCCGAAAAGAUGGAGGUUUCGGCGGUCGGAGAGCGGGUUUUCCCAGCGGAAGCCAUUCUGAAAAGCCGCGUUAGGAAAGGUCGAAUUGAGUACCUGGUUAAAUGGAAAGGUUGGGCACUAAAACACAGCACAUGGGAACCAGAGGAGAACAUCUUGGAUGAUCGACUCAUCACGGCCUUUGAGAAAAAGGAGCGGGAGCAGGAACUUUACGGCCCAAAGAAACGUGGACCUAAACCAAAAAACUUUGUACUAAAGGCACGGGCACAGACGGGUGAUAGACCUCGAAGCUCAGAUACCCAACGCACUCCACCUCAAAUACCUGCCAAGCUUCCCGCCUCUUCCUCUUCUGCAAGUUCAGCUCCUUCUCAGCCUUCAUCAUCCUCUUCCUUAUCCACCACUCCAACCCCUAGGGUGCACUCUCUCGCCGCUGCUCAUAAACUGAAGAAAGACAUCCAUCGUUGUCAUAGGAUGUCUCGACGACCUUUGCCUCGACCCGACCCCCUAGGCGAGCCCACAGGAUCCACAUCCUCAUCCCGUCCUCCUAUCUCUCCAUUCUCUGAAACUGUCCGCAUCCUCAACCGCAGAGUCAAACCGCGAGAGGUUAAGCGAGGACGUAUAAUCUUGAACCUGAAUGUCAUUGACAAAUCCGAAAACAGUGGAGUAACAAGUAGAAGGUCACCACAGUCGUUUGCAGGGCGGGCGAAGAUCCCAUCCCGAAAUCGCAUCAUUGGGAAAAAGCAGGGGGACAUGCCUUACAGGCCAUUCCAGCAUCCUAUGAAGAUGCUGGGCUUCCCGAUGUACGGCCAGCCAUUUGGGCUCCACCCCUGUGGAUCAGUGUCCUCCAUGGCCAAUGAAGAAUCCAACACUGGAGCCAAUCGGAGAGGUGGAAACUGCUGUGAUAGCCAUUCCUCUGCUAAUGUGCAGAAGUUUCAAUAUCAGACUCCACCUUCUCCAUCCAGCUCCAGUGGGUCUAACAACAGCUCCCCUUCACUUCAAAAACAACCGACUCAACCUGAAGCUCCUACGUCUCCAACUAAACUGGACUCUGCAGGCUCAUCACGUUCCCAAGAUGCUUCCCAACCUCACCCAAAGUCCAGCUCUGCGCCGUUCCUCCCUUCCUCACCCUCUUAUUUGUCCUCUCCGUCAUUCUCUCUUGAUGAUGAAGACCAGAGCUCUCCAAAUCUCACCACUUCUCGGGGCAGAAAAAGGAAACUUCGACAUCGAACCCAGGUGGGUCGAGCUUCGCUCUGCCAGUGAUCCUGCCUUUCCACAGCCUUUUUCCCAAGUAAUUGCGCCUUGUCUUGUCACCUCCAGUCCUGUAGAGACCACCAUUCCCAUAUCUCCAGACCUAAAGUUCAGAAUCCACCCAAGAAAUGCUGAUCUCAACAGCUUUCUUGGAUUUGAGAUGUUGCAUCAAGACAUUUCUAAUUGUUUGAAGUCCAUUUUCAUUGGGAUAAUGAGCACAGGACGCUUCACUCCUGCUUUGGAAGUUCAGCCAGUGUGGGUGAAGAUUGUGUAUCCGCACAAUGAUGCAUUGAUCUCGCCAACUUUCUCCUGUGCUGAUGAAGAACCCAAGUCAUUGUGGAACUUGCUAUAUUACACAGGUGUAGACGUGACUGUAUUUAUAUGCACCAAGUUGCAAAAUCCUGAGGACAGUUAAGUUAUUUCCUUCGGCUUGAACUCCGCUCUGAUCCAGAUGUCUGCUGAGACUCUAAACUGAUUCAAGUGUGAAUGCUGAGGACUGCAUCUAUAGUGUGGUACUGUAAGUUAAACCUUCCACAUACUCAACUACCCACUUUCCCUGUUGGAGAAGUACCUUCUCAUAUUUGCCUUCUGACUACAAUAGUUUGUGUUUCAUGUAAUAGUUACUGUAUUUUUGGGGCCGGUAACCAGAUGUAAAUUCUCUCAGAACUUGAUUGGAGGAGUUCAAAUACCAUUUAGAGACUUUUACACUAAGUGGGUCUCAAAAAUACCAAAUAUAACAGAUUGCCUUGGUUGAUGAAACCCUCUUUCGUGCUCUCAAACGUUACAGUACAGGACCAUGUGUAUUGUGCGUUAUGCUGGUGAGUGCAUGUUGUUGGCCCUUGAGCUCGUCCCAUGUUGUCUGCAGGUCCGACUGGACGCUAGCAUUGACAAUACAGACCUGGGAUAAAGCUAGCUUGUUUAGUUGAUGCUAGGGCUGUAAAUCUCCAAAAAAGACAAAUGACUUGUGCGCUGUAUUCCAAGAUGUAUAAAGCCAUUCUAUUGCUAUGUGUGAAGAAUGGCCUGAAAAAAGUUGUCUUGACAGCCUUGGCCACCAUUCACUUUCAUUGUAGGGAAAAGAGGGGUUUGGACAUUCUGCUGAAGAAAUACUUCUAUGUUUUACUGAAGGAAGUUUCAAAAUGCAUGAAGGUGAGUACAUAAUGACAAUGGUUGGGUGAACUUCAUUUAAUAUUUAGAAUUUUACUGAAAGCUAAAAGGUUUAGUUGUGGCAUGGUGUCAUUUUAUUAUUUUAGAAUUUAUAAAAGUUGUGGGAAGCUUUUCACUUAGGCUUUUUUGGGCAGUCCAGCAAGCAAUAUUAUAACCUGCCACAUUAGGCUUGAAGAAACAGGUUAACACAGUUUAUGGCAGCUAACUUGGUUGUACUGAAGGAUGAUGAAAUGUCAGACUCCACCGGAGGACAAAGGCAAACCUCAUUAUAAGAUUUAAUUAUAGAACACAAUUAAGUUCCACUUGUAGUCAUACCGCCGUCCUCUAAUGGAGCACUAUUACUCUAUCACUGUGCCUUUAGGGAGAAAUGAAAACCUUACAACAUUUUUAUGACGUUUUUUAAGAUUUUCCCCAACUAUUGACAAUUUUUAAAUCUUUUCAUAUUUUUAGUAUGUGUAUAUAAUAACUUUCUUUUAAUAAUGUUAAAUGGUUUUAGUUUACUUGCUUCCAGACAUUAAUGUGAACUUACCUACUCUUCAUUUUCUUUGCUUUUUCAGAGUUCUUUAAAGGUUUAUAUUGUUAUUAGUAUUAUUUUUAAAUCAGAGUCAUACGUUUAUCCCAGGUCUGAAAUAAUUCAUAUUUUGAACAUAUCCCUGGUGCUGCCCCACAUAGGGCGCCACGUGUGGUGCAUCUGUACAAUAAUAUCUACAGUCAUAUCGAAGCACGUGUUGCAUUUAGUUGCUCUGUUUAAUCCCAUGAUGUUGUUAUCUUUGUCUACGAAGUGUUCCACAUACAAACAGUCAAGUCCUUGUUUACCUUUACAUCAUUAAUGUUAGAAAAUAGAUGUCACUAUGGUGUAAAACAAUGCAAGAUGUUUUCUCCUAAAGAGGUAGCUUAGCACUAUGAUAACAUGUGGCCUACAUUUCAUGCAGUAGGGUUUUUAGGUUGUAGCCACCAGGGACCCUCACUGCACAGACAAGUAGAGAUUAUGUUUAAAAUGGUUAGGAUGAAGGUAUACUGGAGGUAACAUCCUCAAAUAUGAGUGUCUGAUGCUUUUUUUUUUUUUUUUUUGGUUUAAAAUUUAUUAUUAUUAAUUUUUCCAUGCCGUAGAAAUGAAUGAUACGUGCUGCCUUUAUUUUAUAGCCAUUGUAAAAUUUUUCUAGUCUACUUUGGGUUUGAGAGUAUGUAGAACCCAAAAAACAGAACUAAGUGUGAUUUAUAUGAGUUAUCUGUUUGGUAAUGUGUGAGGUUAAUGCCAUUGAUGAAGCUGAUUAUGGUAAUGAACUUGUUGCUUUGACAUUGUAAUGUAGUGGGUGCAUGAUUUGAGAACCCUAAUUGUACAGGUCAUUUAAAUGUCAUAAUGUUGUUGUUGCUUUGUGUUUUCCUUGAAAGAGCUUUUAAUAAAAUCACUUUAAAGACA